AUGUCUCGGCUUAUUUUCAGAAUACAUCAUAUCUGUGAUGAUCGCAGUGCAGUAGCGCUGAUGGGGUCAUUGCCAAAAUUCGGUGAAUGGAAUGUUAACAAAGGUCUUCGAGCAAAUCAACACCCAGAAGGAACAUGGGAAGCUGAAGUAUUAAUGGUACCUGGACAAGAAUUGGAGUUUAAAUGGGUGGUAUUAUUUGCUGAUGGUAAUAUGAAAUGGGAAGAUAGAUCAAACAGAUACAUAAUAACUCCAAUAAGAGAUACAGUUUAUACUGCUUUAUGGAAUGGUGACAUGGAAAUAUCAGAGAUAAAGAGUACUUAUGGUGGAUCAGCUUUAAGAAACAGAAAGAAGGACGCUUAUGUAACUGUUUGCAAGCUUCAAAAGGCAGUUCUGGGAACUACGGAUGAUAGAGCAUCUGAAAUGUCUGAAAUCAACGAAACUUACCAUUCGUUAGUUCUUGAAGCUGAAGAAAUGUCAUCUCGAACCCAUGAUAGUCAGGUAUCUCCAUCUCAAUAUAGUCAAACUUCAGAUGCAUCAGAUUGCGGCAACUUAUCAAGGUCACAUUCUUUAAUAAACUAUGAUGGGGAUGAAGAAAUAGAUGAGAAUGAACUAGCAGCUAUCAGUGGAACAUCUGUACAUAGUCAGCUAUCGGCAGAACGACAGUCGUUAAAGAAGACUUCUUCUUUAUUAGAAGAAAUAAGAGCUAACAAACAGAAGGAAACAGAUAAAUACGGUUCUAUUAUUACCGUUAUUUGUGAUCUACUAAUAUUAUCUACUUUUGUAUUUACUCUUAUAAUAAUCUGUUCAUUGGUAUUUUCUGUAAACGAUGAAGAAACAAAAUAG